ACAGCAAGCGCUGCAAAGCUACUAGUUUUCACGGGGCCUACUCCUCCUAUACAGCCCUACUACUCGGUCGUUCGCCGCGGCAAUGGCGUCGGCCACCAACAGCUGGACCCUCGAGAUCACGUCGCCCGUCGCCGCGCCGCGCCUGUUCCGUGCCGCGGUGAUGGACUGGCACACCUUGGCCCCGAAGCUCGCCUCCCACGUCGUCGCCGGCGCCCACGUCGUCCAGGGCGACGCCCACGUCGGCAGCGUCAGGCAGUUCAACUUCACCUCAGCCAUGCCGUUCGGCUUCAUGAAGGAGAGGCUCGAGUUCCUGGACGCGGACAAGUUCGAGUGCAAGUCCACGCUCAUCGAGGGCGGCGGCAUCGGCGUGGCCAUCGAGACGGCGGCGUCGCACAUCAAGGUGGAGCCGGCGGCCGGCGGCGGGAGCCUGGUGAAGGUGGACUCGACCUACAAGCUGCUGCCGGGCGUGGAGGUGAAGGACGAGAUCGCCAAGGCCAAGGAGUCGGUCGCCGCCAUCUUCAAGGCCGCCGAGGCGUACCUCGUCGCCCAUCCGGACGCCUACAACUGAAUUGCCCGUGUUGGAUCAGAUAAUCUGAUUAUCUGAUUCAGAUUUCUGAUGUCGAACAUAGAAAGGAAACUUGCGUAUUCGUGUGCUGUUUAUUUUUCUUCUAAUAAAAGCUGGAGAUGCUCUAAAGCAGGGUCUCAAUUCUCAUGCGGGGUGAGAGAACUGGGAGCACCGUGGAGAGUGUUAAGGGGUUCAGAGUGUGUUUUCGAUGUCAUAUUAUGAUUUAGUUUAAUUCCCUUCUUUUACUGUUUGAUUGUGUAUUAUCCCAUAGUUUUGCCUGGGAGUAAAGUCACAAUUUGAGAAG